AAGUACCACAUUACAAUAUAGCACCCAACCCCUACUCUCGGGGAAGGCCAGGCAGGUCGAUUCGCCCAGGGGUCGCUCCCCGGUGAUCCAGACCAGCUCCUGCCGAGCUGCUACAUUACAUUUGGCGCCCAACGAAAAAUCCACAUAUUCUCAUUAAUAUCUAAUACUAUUUAGCCCCCCGUAAUAACACGUAAUUCACUAGAAAUAACCAACCGACUGACUAACCGUUCAACUUAACUAUCUACCCGCAAUUGUUCUAAAAAUAGACCGACAACCGACCGACCGACCCCGUUUAACAAAAAUUACAAUUCAAAAGUAAAGAGCACGUAAAUUUUUGUUGGUCAUUUUUAUUUAAAUUUCCGUAACCGAUUACAAACUGGCCCCGUUUUAUAGUAGGUAAAUAUACAGCAUCAAAUGCCAACUUCUUGGAUUUAUAACCUUAGUAAAGAGGAAUUAAUAAGGGAAAGUAGGGAAAGGAAGCUACCGACCGUAAAUUUAACCGUUGACAAGCUGAGGAAGCAGCUGUCCGACCACAUCAGACAAGAAGAGGAGGAGACCUUCGAGAUGACAUCCGAAGACCAGACCAGAACCGCGAGCCAGCUGAACCUGUCAUCCAUCGUGAGGGAAUGGAAUAUAUCGUUCGACACCGCAUGCGACCCGGUUGAGUUCAUCGAGCGUUUGGAUGAACUGACGUCAUCAGGUGACGUCCCGCAGGACCGAUUACUACAGGUACUACCUAAAGUACUAAGAGGUAAACCGCUGUUAUGGUACAGGAACAACUCCGACAACUGGAAAAAGUGGGAGGACUUCUUAGAAGAAUUCAAACUCUUCUUCUACCCGGCGGGAUACGAGAAAAACCUGCUUGAGAUGAUCAUCGCACGAAAACAACACCACCGUGAAUCUUUCGUCAACUACCUGACCGACAUACAAACCCUGAUGAGAAGGUACGGAAAAAUGACCAAAAAAGAAAAAGAAGAAAGAGUCUACGAAAACAUGAACGCGAACUACAAGUACUACAUCAAAAAGCAAGACUUCACCAGCCUCGGAGAAUUAAUAAGACAGGCAGCCGAGUACGAGCAGAUCACAGAAGAAUCCUCAUCUCAACAGUGGAACCACCGACCAGACCGACACCGCCAGACACCGAAAAGUCAUCCAGAAACGUCACCAGAACCUCGUAAAAUACACGAAAAAUACGACAGGACCACGUGCUGCUGGAACUGCGGCAAAGCAGGCCACUCACACAAGGAAUGCCGGGGCAGGCAAGUACUGUUCUGUAGCCAAUGCGGAGUCCUCGGGAGACUAACGCGCAACUGCUGCAGAAGAGAAACCAAGUUCGGAGACACGAACAUAACCGCCGAAGAAAACCGACCGGAACAACGAAUUUUCGAAGACGUGAAAAUAGGUAAAAUCACAUACCGAGCGUUAGUUGAUACAGGCUCCACCAGAUCAUACAUCAGUAGAAACAUUUAUGAAGAGAACUCGACAAACGCCGACACAGAAAAAGUCACAGGGAUGCGAGUAACCGUCGCAGAUGGCAGAGUCAUGGACGUGAAACUCAAAAUAGACCCAGAAAUUGAGAUACGGCAGAGAAAAUUAACACACGAACUCUUCGUACUACCAGCUUAUUCACCGCCAAACCUAGUUAUCAUAGGGAUAGACCUCCUAAGAAAGGCAGGAGCCACAAUAGUCUGGAACAAUAAUACCGAAAACACGCCAGAAGAAAUCCAUGAAACUAAACAACAGGAACCGCUAGUCACACAAGAAACAACACCACCGAACAAUAAUAAAAUUACCGGCCCUAUAAAAUCAAAAUCCCGCAAGCAAAAGAAAAAACAUAAACAACAACAUCCACCAAGGUAUCCCGACACAGCAUCUAUACAGGAACGAAAAGAAUGGUUCGACCGAAAAAUGUCUGAAACUCGAAAUUCGCCUCAAAACGACCCAACAUUUAUGAUUAAAAACAACUCACUCCAUAAACGAAUUGUAAAUCCGAGAUACGGGGUCAAGAUCAAUGCACAAUCGCAGUGGAAAUUAUGCGUUCCGACAUUGAAGAGAAGGUCGAUUAUCGAACAACACCUUAAUGAACCGACAACAACAGGCUACGUGACCACGGGAAAAAUCCUAAAAAGCAUUGCCGAAACAUAUUAUUGGCCCGGGAUGUACAAAGAUGUUCUUCAUCACAUGAAAAAGUACAAAGAACGCCUAAAAUCAUUGUCAUCAAACUCGCCGCAACCAAAUUCCACCGAACCGAAGCAAUAAGAUACCUACCGACGACGUCAUCACCCAUCGCCAGAUGUGCCUAGCCGCGGUACUCAUGCGAUGCCGAACGAACCGAUUAUUCCAAACCUACCCUCAAUCAUCAACAUAAUGAAGAUUGAAGACAAAUAGCCGUAAAAAGUUAAAACAUUUGUAUAUUUAUGACCUAGUCAUUCCGUACCGUACCGUAAAAAUUUUAUUAUGUUUAAUUUGUAAUUUAAUUAUAAAUAUACAACUGAAAAACCGCAAUCUAUAUUAAAAAUAUAGAAAUAGGUAAAAAUGUAAACGCAAAUGCACACAUUUUACACCGUCCGUCCGUAGUAUAAUAUGAUAUAAGUAAAUAAUAGACACACAGACAUGUUAAACGUAUAACAUCCACCUUAUUGCAUCAAAGUCGCAAGUAAAAUUUUGCUCAGACUUAGAAUAAAGAUUGUAAAUUUUUGAACGCAGCCCAAUACGUUACUCUGUGAACGUACACAGGUUAGAAUUUUAGUUGUCAAGUCAAUGUCAAGUGUCAAACCGACCGAGUAAAUUUCAGCGCAAGGGCACAUGCCGUAUAAAUAUUAAAUUUUAAUUUAUUUGCAAUGUAAAUACCGAAAAGCUGAAACCGUAUACCUAAUGUAAUUACCAGGAAAAUGUAUAUCAGUACACAAUAAAUUAUAUACACAUAGCCUACAAUGUAAAAAUUCUUCUGCUGAGGGGGGAGAAUGUAACGAGCCGUUACAAACCAACCGUCCAACACACCUACCCUCACACCGCAGCCACAAGAGCGCCCGGCGUGUGCGAGACGAGGUGGGGCACCACACAGACGACUCCGGAGAAUACAAGGGGCGCGGGGCGACCCGCCUAUAAAUAGCCGCCGGACCGCCGCUAGAGCACCAUUCGCCACCUCCUGUUCCGACGAGUGAUCAUUCCGUUCCCGAGAUCCCUCCCCGCACCCAUAUCUAUUCAAGUAAUCUAUUCACGCACACUAAUCUCACAUCACCGGUCUCCCCGCGAGGUAGGUUGCUCAACGGACCGAGGCCUCUCGGUUAUACGGAUGCCUGGGUUGCCUAGUUGAAAGCAUCCGUAUACCCGACUAGACCCGACACAGUGGGCUGCCUAAUUAGCGGAGCGAGGUCCCCCGGAUACGUACAUGGAUGCCUGGGUUGCCUAGUUGAAAGCAUCUGUGUAAGUACCGAACUAUACAAUCACCGGAUACACACCAGCCUUCAGCCACACUCUUGUCGACACAAAUACACUCCACAAAUCCUGGAACAAGUCCACACGCACCACCGGUAUUCGCCCGACCUCCUGUACCCUAUAUCCUUCCCCUUAUUAA